GAUUGCGGAAGGCAGAAUACUGCCUUGAUUAAAAGGACUGUUCAAAGCCUCUCUCUUGGACACUCUUUUCCAAGCCGGUAGUUGGAAACACUGGUGUUCUCUGAGUCCACAGAAAUUGUUUCUUGGUCUCAGUUUCACAAGAACACAGCAUAUUUUUCCAGGAUCUUUGUCUUUCUUCUGAGCAUAUCCUCACUUUAAUCAUGUUCCUCAAACCAUCCCCCGAGCGAUCCCUGGCAUCAUUGACCUCACACGGAAUCCUUUCCAAUGAGCCAUGGCGUCGUUUGAAGCAGAAAGUUUCCCGCCACAGAUGGCAAAAGGCCGCAGCCACAAAUGGGUCAUCCGCAACGGUUGAUAGUAGCGAUAUCAAAGUUGGAGAUGGUAUUUCGGCAGCAGCUUGCAACGAUCUCAACUACCCAUGGGGUCACCAAAUCAAGCCAAUUAUUUUGGAACCUGCGUUCUAUGAGGCCCUGGACCAACUGCUACACAGGUUCAAAUACCAAUCUAUUCCUUCAAAUGAUGACCAUUACAAAGCCCAUGGAGCGCAGGGCCACAAAAUCAACUCGAGGAAGCCCGAAGAAAGGAAUCACAAAGGGAAGAGUACUCGUCAAGAUGCUCGACAUCCUGGGUCUGGCGGCGGAGGCAAAGGCAGUGGGGGCAAAGGGGGGGACGGAGAACCACCGCCAGAUGGCCACCGAUAUCCUCCUCGCGACGAAGUCCAGCUCCCCAAGAUCUUCGGAUGUCCCUUUCACAUCACAGACCCGGUACAAUAUCAUGAGUGCGGCAACUUUCGCUUACGUCGAUUAAGUGAUGUCUUCCAGCACAUCGAACGGUGCCACCUACUACAAGAGGUCAAGCUGUGCACACCUCGUGGCGCCGAGGCAGCUCGCAAGAACGGAAAUGAGAAGGGGGCUUGCACAGACAGCAACCUCAUCAAAAUCUACGAUGCGACAUGUCGUCAGGAGUUUCAUGGCCCCCGCGCUGAGGGCAACUUCAAACUCCAUUGUGCUAGCAAAACAUGCCAACCAAAGACGAUUGAGGAGACCGGCAUGCUGCUUCCUGAGGAGUUCGAAGAUCUCAAGGACAAGCGUGAUAGGGCGAAGGGUCUUGUAGCCAAGUGGUACGCAAUGUGGAUGGUGUGUUUUCCACCUCUGACUUCGACAAAGUUUCGAACCGUCCCGGCCUCUCCAUACGUCCAGACAAUCUUUACUCGCGAGGCCGGCCAGAUGGUGAUCCUCCAAGUGCUUUCGGGGUUUGGUAUCUCAACGGAGUACCACCGGCCCAUGUCUGAUCAGAUCGUAAACGGACUAUAUCCUGUUCAGUUCCAAGCAGACUCUGAAGUCCAACAGGCAGUCAAAGAUCAGCAGAGAAAGCGAAAUUCGAUGCUCCAAGAUGCGGAAUUUGAAGAGUUUUGCAGAUCAACCUUUAAUUCAUCAGAACUUACAUCACCAGGCUUUCCCUCUGCUGGUCCUUCACAGCAUCAAUCACAACAACAAAUGCCAGAACAACCAAGCAAUGGCACCGUGGAUCUCUCAAAUUCGCUUUCACGACAACUACAAAUGUCGCAAGGGACAUACCGUGGUCUGCCUUCAUAUUUCCCUCCCAGCGAAACCCAAGCACCUCCCGAAAUGGCUAAUCCUGUAUAUCAGCAGUAUAUGGAAUGGGAAGGCUACUAUCCUCCGAAUGGGUUCACUGGCAACUGUAACGGCACCCGGUAGUCAUUUUUAGAUGACUUCCUUUCUGUGUCCCUUCUUUUCUUUAUGUCAACAGGAAGUAUAUAUAUGUUGUGCAAGGCACAUACAUAUAUUUUUGUCAGUGUAGCAGGGAAAAUCGUGAAAUAUGUUAUGAUUUUUGAUAACAAAGCUGUAUGUGUUUGCUUGGUG